UCUAGCUAGCGUUUGAUUCAGUGUUGUUCGGGUCGCGCCAGUGUCGACACGCUAUCACGUUAUAGAUAAUCGAAACUCGGUAACAUUUCGUGUUUCGUACGGUCUGUGAUAAACAGAGUGAAGAAUUCCGGUGUACAAGUGUGUGGUUAUGUGGCGGCGAGUGAUAUGACAGCGUGCGCCGCCAGACGGAUUCCGGCCGUCUUCAUGAGGAUACUGGUGACAAGACUGGCCCCGAGAUCAUGGUGGCUCCCGAUUCCGAGGCUCCUUCGAAUCCUCGGAUAGCGGCUGCCCAAGAGAGCCCCAUUGCCGCCGAGGCGCGCCACAGUGCUGAUCUCUACAUACGCACCAGUUGGGUGGAUGCAGCACUAGCUCUCUCCGAACUCGAAAAGGGUAACAUCGAAGGCGGAAGGACGUCUCUGUGGAUCCGAGCGUGGCUCCAGGAACAACUGUUUAUUUUGGGCUGCUUCCUCCAGGGAGACGCCGGAAAAGUACUUUUCGUGGCGAUUCUCGUCCUCUCCACGUUUUGUGUCGGUCUCAAGUCCGCCCAAAUACAUACGAGAGUCGACCAACUCUGGGUUCAAGAGGGAGGAAGAUUGGAGGCUGAGCUGAAGUACACGGCCCAGGCCUUAGGGGAAGCUGACUCCUCCACACACCAGCUUGUGAUACAGACUGCCAAAGAUCCAGACGUCUCCUUGCUACACGCCGUUGCGCUUUUGGAACACUUAAAGGUGGUGAGUGUUGCGACGCGCGUGACAAUUCAUAUGUACGACAUCGAGUGGCGGCUAAAAGACCUCUGCUACAGUCCCAGUAUACCGGACUUCGAAGGCUACCACCACAUCGAGUCGAUCAUAGACAACGUCAUCCCGUGUGCCAUCAUCACGCCGCUUGACUGCUUUUGGGAGGGAUCUAAGCUGCUUGGUCCGGAAUAUCCUAUAUUUGUACCUCAUCUCAAACACAAAUUACAAUGGACACAUUUAAACCCGCUAGAAGUAUUGGAAGAAGUGAAGAAGUUAAAGUUCCAGUUCCCUCUGAGUACAAUGGAGGCGUAUAUGAAGAGGGCCGGCAUCACGUCCGCCUACAUGAAGAAGCCGUGCUUAGACCCCACCGAUCCCCAUUGUCCAGACACGGCACCGAACAAAAAAUCCGGACAUAUUCCAGAUGUAGCAGCAGAGCUGUCUCACGGAUGUUACGGUUUCGCGGCUGCGUACAUGCAUUGGCCGGAACAGUUAAUCGUUGGAGGAGCAACGAGGAAUUCGACGUCAGCUCUUCGAAGUGCACGAGCAUUGCAGACCGUUGUACAGUUAAUGGGCGAGCGAGAAAUGUACGAAUACUGGGCCGAUCAUUACAAAGUACACCAGAUCGGUUGGAAUCAAGAAAAAGCUGCCACCGUACUGGACGCCUGGCAGAGAAAGUUCGCUGCUGAAGUAAAAAAGUUGACUACCUCAAGUUCGGUAUCUGCAGCGUACAGCUUUUAUCCGUUUUCAACCUCAACUUUAAAUGACAUACUUGGAAAAUUCUCGGAAGUGUCACUAAAGAACAUUAUUUUGGGAUACAUGUUUAUGUUAAUUUAUGUUGCUGUAACAUUGAUCCAAUGGCGGGAUCCAAUUCGUUCGCAAGCUGGAGUGGGUAUAGCUGGAGUAUUACUUCUGUCUAUCACUGUUGCCGCUGGUUUAGGAUUUUGUGCUUUAUUAGGCAUACCAUUCAAUGCAUCGAGUACUCAAAUAGUACCGUUCCUAGCUCUCGGAUUAGGUGUUCAAGAUAUGUUUCUUCUCACUCACACUUACGUGGAGCAAGCGGGAGAUGUGCCUCGAGAAGAGAGAACUGGACUUGUGCUUAAGAAGAGUGGAUUGAGCGUACUUUUGGCCUCCUUGUGCAAUGUUAUGGCGUUCUUAGCUGCAGCUCUAUUACCUAUUCCUGCAUUUCGGGUAUUCUGUUUACAGGCAGCCAUUCUCCUUUUAUUCAACCUGGGUUCAAUGUUGCUGGUGUUUCCUGCGAUGAUUUCUCUGGAUCUUCGACGUAGAUCCGCGGCGAGGGCCGAUCUCUUGUGUUGUUUGAUGCCUGAAAGUCCACUGCCCAAGAAAAAAAUGCCAGAACGAGCAAAAUCUAGGAGUGGGAAGAAUGACAAGAAUAAUAGGAUAGACGCCACACGGCAACCAUUAGAUCCAGAUGUGACGGGCGAUCAGGCCAAAACCUGUUGCCUCAGUUUAUCGCUCACCAAGUGGGUCAAGAACCAAUACGCACCCUUCAUUAUGCGCCCCGCUGUUAAGGUUACGUCAAUGCUAGCGUUGAUAGUAGUAAUUUUGGCGAGUGUUUGGGGAGCCACGAAAGUCAAAGAUGGAUUGGAUCUAACAGACAUAGUGCCGGAACAUACUGAUGAACACGAAUUCUUGACGCGUCAAGAAAAAUAUUUCGGUUUCUACAACAUGUACGCUGUGACGCAGGGCGAUUUUGAAUAUCCGACAAAUCAGAAAUUGUUAUACGAAUAUCACGACCAGUUUGUUAGAAUACCGAAUAUUAUAAAAAACGACAAUGGUGGUCUCACCAAGUUUUGGUUGGGUUUGUUUCGCGACUGGUUAUUGGAUUUACAGGAUGCUUUUGACAAAGAAGUAACGAGUGGUUGUAUUACUCAAGAAUACUGGUGUAAGAAUGCAAGUGAUGAAGGAAUAUUAGCUUACAAGCUUAUGGUGCAGACUGGUCAUGUUGACAAUCCGAUCGACAAAUCCCUCGUAAACUCCGGCCACAGAUUAGUAGAUAAAGAUGGAAUUAUAAAUCCGAAAGCUUUUUACAACUAUCUAUCAGCUUGGGCAACGAAUGAUGCAUUAGCGUAUGGAGCAUCACAAGGAAAUCUGAAACCGCAGCCACAAAGAUGGAUUCAUUCCCCAGAAGACGUCCAUUUGGAGAUAAAAAAGUCAUCACCUUUAAUCUACACACAGUUACCUUUCUAUCUAUCGGGACUAAGUGAUACUGAUAGCAUAAAGACAUUGAUAAGAUCGGUUCGAGAACUAUGUUUGAAGUACGAGGCAAAAGGAUUACCGAACUUUCCUUCCGGAAUCCCUUUCUUGUUUUGGGAACAGUAUUUGUACUUAAGAACAUCCUUAUUACUGGCUCUGGCGUGUGCAUUGGCUGCUGUUUUUAUUGCCGUUAUGGUGCUGCUCUUGAAUGCGUGGGCAGCAGUGCUAGUGACCUUGUCUUUAGCUACACUGGUGCUGCAAUUACUUGGAAUAAUGGCGGCUUUGGGUGUCAAACUAUCAGCAAUGCCUGCGGUACUACUGGUUCUAGCUGUUGGACGUGGUGUACAUUUCACUGUUCAUUUGUGCUUGGGUUUCGUAACCUCGAUAGGCUGCAAGCGACGUCGUGCAUCUUUGGCUCUAGAGUCGGUACUAGCACCAGUAGUGCACGGCGCUUUGGCCGCUGCCCUGGCUGCCUCGAUGCUAGCCGCCAGCGAGUUUGGUUUCGUCGCAAGAUUAUUCCUCAGACUACUACUUGCAUUGGUGGUACUCGGCUUGGUUGAUGGAUUACUGUUCUUCCCUAUAAUACUGUCAAUAUUGGGUCCGGCCGCUGAGGUGCAACCUUUGGAGCAUCCCGAACGCCUAUCAACACCGUCGCCGAAGAGUUCUCCCAUACAUCCUAGGAAGUCUAGUUCUGGUUCUAAUGGAGGUGACAAAUCCAGUCGAACUAGCAAAUCGGCUCCUCGACCCUCCGGACCAUCUCUUACAACUAUAACCGAAGAACCUUCAAGUUGGCACAGCUCCAAUCACUCAGUGCAGUCAUCUAUGCAGUCCAUAGUGGUCCAACCAGAAGUAGUGGUCGAAACAACCACGUACAAUGGAAGUGAUUCAACUUCUGGCAGGUCAACGCCAACAUCAAAAUCAACGCACGCUGGAGCUGUUACAACUACUAAGGUAACCGCCACAGCGAACAUAAAAGUAGAGGUAGUAACACCAAGCGACCGGAAAUCACGACGCUCCUAUCAUUAUUAUGACCGCCGAAGGGAUCGCGAUGAUGACAGGGAUAGAGAAAGGGAUCGUGAUCGAGAUCGGGACCGAGAUCGGGACCGCGACAGAGACAGGGAGAGGGACAGGGAAAGAGAUAGAGAGAGAUCGAGGGAGCGAGACCGAAGGGACAGGUACAGAGAUGAAAGAGACCAUCGCGCUUCACCGAGAGAAAACGGCCGUGAUUCAGGACACGAAAGUGAUUCGUCCCGACAUUGAGGAAAAGUGCUAUGAUUGAACUUGCCAUCGGCGAUAUCAUUUAGUGAUGUAAAUUGCUAUUCAAUUUGUUAUUUCCAUUGAAUAAGUUUAGGUUUUGAUUACCUUCAAACAUGCGUUCUGUGAUUCAAUGGAAGUAAUCGAACAGAACGAAGAAAUAGUUUGAGAUUAGCGCUUAAAUGUAUUUUAAGGUUCUAAGUACCGCUUUACGUAACACCUUAAAACAGUAUUCUUAUUUGAAACGUAAAAUUGAAUAUGGUUAUUGUGGAUGCCACAUGUGACCGAUCUACGAUCCACGGAAUUCCGUAAUAUGUAAACAAUCACCUGCAUUUUCUGGAAAAGUAUGGAAGAUCCAUGGACCGAUCACAAAUCGGUCAGUGUGCAUGUAGGUUUAGAAGUGCUAGUAUCGGAACUGUUUUGCUUAAGUACGAAACGUUACUUAAAUCAUUCCGUAGUUUGACACUUGCUUCUAUUUUUGAAAUUCGAUGUAAAAAAGAUUAAUGGCCAUUUAUGUUUAGUCAUCUAUUGUAAAUGGACUAACGCCUCCAUUUAAAGGUGCAUGUAAGUUGAGUAAACUAGUAUAUUUUACGGAGGCGAUAAAGUUUAUCAACUUAGUUGGACGUCAUAAUGUAAAUAGGACUACUGCUUAUUGUUUAUGGUUAGUACAUAUGGACUGCAUAUUGCGCGUAUUAACCGGUUAGAGCGCGUAAUAUCGAGAUAUCCUUGCUUAACUACAUCGGGUUAGAGCUUCAAUUGAAGGAUUCACAUAUCAACCUUACAUAAUUUGCUUUGUCCUUCCUUAAUCAUUAGCCUUACCGUACCAGACACUUUUGGGGUAAGGUAAGACGGACAUUAUUUUUUGACGGAUUUUAUUCCCCCUAUAAUUAUUAAUUUCUACAGAAGAGAGACUGAAAACGACCUAUUGUACAAAUGAUUUAGGUAGAUUGCAUCUUAAGUAAAGCACAGUUAAAAGGCGAACUAAAAGUUGUCUUUUUUUGAGGUAUCUAGGAAUAAAUAAUACGCUAUAUUUGGCCUAAACCAGCCCAGGGCCCUGAAUCGCCAUGUUAUUGAAAUCUCCGCAAGAAUAACAUUAUGAGGUUUUCAUUAAGAAGACUUGGUUUUUCUUGUGUGAAAAAACAGGCUGACAAAUUUAACGUUACAGAUUUAUGUGUUCAAAAAUAAUUCUAGCAGAUUAUGUCUAAUCGCAUGUAUCUAGUAUUUAUUACUAAAUUUCUGUUAAAGUACCACUUUUAUUUCGCGUUUUAAUUAGUUAAUCCUGAAGAAGUUUUGAAAUACUUACUACAUAAUUUUUAUACAUGACAAAUAUAGUUUUGUUUAGUGAUUUCUCGUUAAAACCAGUUAAAACGCGUAAACCGAUGUCUAUGUGUAUUUAUAACCGUAUGUACCAUACAUAACGAAAAAAACCAUCGUAGUCAUACGUUUAUUUUUCGUGUUCCUAUGUUGACUUUCAUCUAUUUUGUCCCCAUAUAUUAUAUUACAAUAUAAUUCACGUCUAAAGACUGUGGUCGAAUAUUAUUAAUAAUUUAUCAUAUUAUUUAUUUUGUGUCUAUAAUUAUUAAUUUCACCAGAAAAGAAAGAGUCUGUGAAAACACUCAAAUUUAUUGUACAAAUUAUUUAAGUAGAUUGUAUAUUAGGUAAGGCAUUUAUUUAUGAGAUUACUUAGAAUUUAUAUACCCAACUGUAUUGUUGCGAUCUUAAAUGAAGGUUACGACGUUUACGGUUAUGACUGCAUUUAGCGAUCGAAACUCAAACUUCUAGCGUACAAAGCUGAAUAGUCUUUUAGUGUAGGAAAUUCACACGGGGUUCAUUUGUUAAUUAUUUUGAACUAAAAGAAGCGUUAAGAUUCAUUAUUAUGAAAUACUCACCAUACAUUAAAAUUUUGGCAAGUUAAAUUGGAUAAAACCGAACGUCACUGCAAAGUCGAAGAUAUAAAAUGAACAUCAACGUUGUAACAUAUAAUACAUUAUUAUCAACCCACUCCCGCGACCGCCCCGCUAUAGGGUACGGGUCUCCUCUCAGAACUCCUGAGUAUAGUGAAGAUUUCACGCGCCUAUCAAAACAUUGUGGAAAUUCUCAAGCUUGAAGGUUACCUCACGACGUUUUCCUUCACUGUUCAAACUAGUAAUAUUUCAUUGUUUAAAACGAAAUAACUUCGAAAAGUUAGAGGUGCUUAGGAAGGGAAGCCGAAGUCCUAACCACUAGGCUAUCAACGCUAUGACUUAUUAAUUAUAUAUUCUUAACACGCAUAAACAUAUGCAAAAAUGUCCUGUCUAAGCAAGUCUGAUACCAAUGACUUUGCAAUUGUGAUUUAUGGGAUUGCACAGAUAUCGGAGCGUGUUUAAAGAGCGUUUUUCGUCAUAUCUGUUUUGUGUAAACUUACAGAAAAACAAAAUUAUAGGUUACACCGUAUAGAUCUGCCUAGCUGUCGCGGAUUAUAGGAAAUUAGGCUUGAAGUUAUUUGGCAGGUGGCACACUAAGUAAUUUUAAACUUGGCAGCAAUUACACAAACGGACAUCUGAGAUGAAUCCUAACUAUAAUCUGAGCAAAGAAACAACUGACCUCGGUUUAAUGAAAUUAGUGAUAGUGUUGUGACAUUUUGUGCAGAGUACUUAUUAGUUCAUAUUAAUUUAUCCAUAUGUAAUUUAAUGUUUUGUAAAUAUAGCACUAGUUAGCCCUAGAGUAAAAUGCGAAGCCAACGCACAAUUAACAAAAGUAUAUUUACUUUUGUAACUUAAAAAAUAUUUUUGUACAACUUAAACUGACAUAUUGUCGUAAAACAUAUAUAUCACUAGCAAUGUUUAAAAUAUUUUUUUGUCUACAGUUAAGAGAAAAUAAUUGAUUUAUUUUCAUAUGUCUUUACAGAAAAUCUUGUUAAAAUAAAUGAAGUUACUCGAUUGUAAGUGAUCUAAAAUAAAGAAACGUUUCGAAAACGU